UCUCAAGGAUGAAGUGGGCGGGGGUAGAGGGCGAGUGAGAGAGAGAGAGAGAGAGAGAGAGAGAGAGAGAGAGAGAGAGAGAGAGAGAGAGAGGAGAAGAAAAGCACGAUACUUAAGGGUCGGCAAGCAAGAGGAGAUUGCGAAAGCAAUUGGAGAGAAAGAGUGACCAACAAAAACAAGCAAAGGUGCAGCUGGCCCAUUCGUCGUGCGUGAUCGGAAGACCAACCACUCUCCUUUGGGCACUCACAAUCUGAUCCUGGAGUACCGAUUUCGUUCCUGGAACAGUGCUCUCGAUUUGGUUCCUUCAACAGUGCUCUCGAUUUGGUUCCUUCAACAGUGCUCUCGAUUUGGUUCCUGGAACACCGAUUUGGUUCCAGGAACAGUGCUCUCGAUUUGGUUCCUGCAACAGUGCUCUCGAUUUGGUUCCUGCAACAGUGCUCUCGAUUUAGUUCCUGGAACAGGGCUCUCGAUUUGGUUCCUGGAACAGGGCUCUCGAUUUGUUUCCUGGAACAGGGCUCUCGAUUUGGUUCCUGGAACAGGGCUCUCGAUUUGGUUCCUGGAACAGUGCUCUGCCGGCCUUGUUUUUUUUUUUUUUUUUCCCCUUUUUUUUCCCUGCUGCAUAAUCUCUGCAACACAUGCGAUCAUUACGACCAUCAUUUUGUCAUGUGAAUGCCCGCUGGUCAUCAUGUAUGCCAUCUGUUAUAUGUCUGAAUGGCCAACUUGUGUCGAACUCUGGAAGCAGAAGCAAUCGUCUGUUUGCGAUGAAGCAUCAAGAAGAAGUUGAUGGGAGUUUGGGGGUAUGGUUGGUCCAACAAGUGAAAGUGGAGCCUUUUUCCCUAAGCAGUUGCAUUUGCUGCACUUGUGAGGGAUGGUGCUGGUGGUAGUUGGGGAGGGGGGGGAGGCCCACUAGAUUGUUUGUGGCUUCUAUCCCCACCAGAUUUGUUUUGUCUUCUGCCCACGGUGAACUCGGUGGUUAUUUUGGCUAAUACGUAAUUGGAAGGCAGAAGAAAAAAAAGAUUAUAAUGGAUCAUCCUCAACAGCCACAUCACAUGGGUGGAGGUUUCCACCCCCAUCUUGGGGGUGGUGGAGGAAAUAUGCCCCCCUAUGGCGGCCACCCAGGACAUGUCCCUUACGGGUACCAUGGUCAUCAUCAGGGGGGCGGGGGUCCAUAUGGGCUUCCCGGGUACUCUCAGCAGAUGCAGCAGAUGGGACCGCACGGAGGAGGGGGGGGAGGAGGUGUUCCUCCAUUGCAGGCCUUCUUUGCGCCGUGGGAGCCACCGCCGGCUCCGGUCGCUGCACCGCAGGAUGUCGAACUGCAGAAGCGCAUCGCGAAGCUGGUUGAGUACGCAGCCAAGAACGGGCCGCAGUUUGAAGCGUUGAUGAAGGAGAAGCAGAAGGAAAACCCGGCGUAUGCUUUUUUGUUCGGUGGGGAGGGUCAUGAAUUCUACAGGUUCCGGUUAUGGGUGACGAUGACUCAGAACAUGCAACCCGGUGUGCCUGGUGUGGGUGGUGGCGCUGGAGGUGGCGCCGGGGGCGAUCCCCACAUGGCCGCAAGCUAUGGCCAAGUACAUGGAGGCCAUAUGCCAGGCGGACCUGGCGGGUUUCAUGAGCAUGCGCAACAGCAGCAGGAUUUUUAUAAUCAGGCGAUGGGGAUGCAUCCGAAUGCAGGUCAUCACCAGGCUCAUCCGCAACACAUGCAUCAGCACAUGCAACUGCAUCCAUACGACUCCAACUAUCGGCGAAUGGAUCAGCAGCAGCAGCAGCAGCAACAGCAGCAACAGCAGCAGCAACAGCAGCAGCAACAGCAACAGCAACAGCAACAGCAAUUAGCAGAACAGCACCAGCAGCAGGUUGGUGAUCAUGGGUAUGGCCAGCAGGUUCAUGGGGCCCACUCAGGAUAUGGAGGAGGAGAAGUGCCAGGACCCCAUCAACACAUGCAAGGUCAGCAUUACCAUAUGGGGGCAGCAGGUCAAGUGCAGGGAGGUACUGCAGGGUACCACAUGGAGAAUCAGACUGCAGGUGGAGGCGGCGGGGGAAGUGGUAGUCUUGGACCUCCCCGCGGCGGUGGCGGUCUACCUCACGAGCUCGCGACGGAGCUUUUCGGUAUCCUUGAUGGCUUGACUGGCACCAAGGAAUCCAUCAAGAGCGCGAAGAUGUGGUUCAUGUCGAGGAUCGGUUAUGCCGAGCAAUUGGCUGAAGCGAUGAGGGACCGUAUCAGGCAGUUGGAGGAUCCUGAGCGGCAGCUUCACAUAGUGUACCUGGCGAAUGACAUCUUGUUCAACAGCUUCAAUCACCGACCUUCACCGAUGGAAAUGGACAGUGUUGCGAUUGCAUUCCGCCCGGUAUUGGGGAGCAUGCUUUCGGCGAUCUACCACUGCAGCCAAAACACGGAAUCGAAUCAGGAACGGCUUCAGCGUAUCCUGCUUUUCUGGGGUAAGAUGGAGUUCUACGACAGAGAUACCAUCGCAGCCCUGGAGCAUGAGAUGGUCACUGGCGUGCCAUCCGCGUACUCUGUUGGUGGCGCCGGCCAUGCUUCAUCGUAUGGGAUAAUGCCCCCUCAUAUGAGCUCAGGACAGGGAUAUUAUGGCACACCCCACCACAUGGGAUGGGGGGGCGCUUACCUGUCGCCGGCGCAUCAGCAGCAGCCUGGAUCUGGUGCGCAUCAACAGCAAGAGGAAGAGCAGCAACGGCGCGACGAUCAGGAGGAUGAUCGAGAGGACAAGGGCGAUGGCGGCGAGCGGGACCCAGAAAAGAAACGGCAGAAAAUGGAGCAAGAUUGGGAACUGGAACAGGAGCGGGGGGGGCAGGAGGAUGCUGAGCAAUCCCCUCCUCCAGGAGACGGAUCGUGGUCUAAUCAAGAUUCAGCAGCGAGGUUGGGGGAGGAGCACAUGGCGCGGAAGGAUCAUUAUGAUCGCUACGGUGAUUCGCCGGAGGGUAGUGCAGGACAAGGCAAAUACUACCCCCCUCCCGGGACAGUGACGGUGCCAUAUUCUGGAGGGUUGGCCGGCACCCCUGGUCUACAUGCGUCGAUGGGUGUAGGUAUGGGUGUCAGCUUGAGCGGGUUCUCAGCGGGAAUGGCCACAGCGGGUCCACCGAACGCGGGCGUUUCAGCGGGAGUGGUUGGUAUGGUGCCAACGAGUAUACCGGGGGUUGCAGGAAUUGGUGGAGUUGCCGUGGUACCGCAGUCGGUGACCACGGGACCCGGAGAUAAGCCACUCCCCUUCCCUCUGUUCCCACCGGGACUGAUCCCCGGGAUGGUGCGCAAGCUUCAAGUCGGAAGUGGCGUGCCGUACUCCCCGCUGAGCCCUCUCGACAUUCCGCCAGUCAUUCCACCGCCUUCAGUCCCUGAGUCGUAUAUUCUCGACCGCGUGCGGAAGUUUUUCAAAGAGGUAGGGGAAGUCGACCCCUUGGAUGCCGAUGAGCCGGAGAAGGAAGCAACCCCUGUCAGACAGGAGAGAGAGGAAGAGGAGGAGCCGGAAACCGAUACCGGGCCUCUUGGUGGCCUAGGUUUGGGCAUGAUGAUGGUUGAUCCAGAAACAGGGACGCUACCCGAUGGCAGCGUGGAGAUCCGCCCGGGGAUGAUUUCCACUGGCAAGCUCGGACUCGGUGCAUCGGCAGAUCCAAACGAGAUUACACAAUAUGAUGACGUGUACUUGUCGUACAGAAAACAACGCAGCACCAAUUACCACACGUCCCUGGGGCUAAGGGCAGGCAUGAGGUGAACCAUUGGCAUUUAUGCGGGGAGAGAGAGAGAGAGAGAGAGAGAGAGAGAGAGAGAGAGAGAGAGAGAGAGAGAGAGAGAGUAGGAGACAGAAUGCAUGUUUUUUUGGGGAAGUUGUAGCAUGAUCAGAAUCUCAGCAAUAUGGCAAUCUCCGCAGUGUUUGACUGUGGAUCUGUAGUCUAUAUGUGUGCCCCCCUCUUUCCUGUGCCUUUUGUGUCUAUCAUGUGUGGGAGUGCUUGAGUGCUUGCAAGCAGGUAUAUCAAGAGUGCCGUGUGGGUGGUGCGCCGCCUUUGUUUGUGUAUCCCCUCUUCCAUAGCAGCAAUUCUCACACAAAAGCUCCUACAGAAAACUCCCAAGGUCUAGGCGUGUCUCACGUACACAGAAAAAAAAAAAAGUGCACGCGUACAAAGAGUACAACAGGAGUACUAAAUGAGCGUUCUACUCUGAACUACGCCACUCGCGAGGGAAAUAAAUUAGGACUUAGAAC